AUGCGGGUAGGGCGCUACGCUGGCAGCGGCCUCAGCCGCUGCAGCGGCAGCUGCUUCUGGCAAAAUGUUUCUCAGUGUUUUAUUGGAGGGUUUAUAGGUCUGGCGGCAGCGGUGGCUGCUGCGGAAACAGGAACGCAGGUAUUCUCGGCCGCCGCGGCCGGCGGCGAGCUUACAGACAAGGCCAGCGACUCGAACUGGAUCGCGCCGACGAGCAGCGGCCGCGGCAGCAUGGAGGCUCCGCAGGCAGCAGCUCAGUUGCAGUUGGAACCCUCGAAAGGGAGUCUGGAGUUCGCGGGGGCCUGGAAGCGGCCGGCGACGUCCAGAGGCAGCUACUUGGCUGCUGCAGCAGUGGUUCUGCUAGCUGUGGGUUACCUGAUUUUUCGGUGCUACGCGGGACAGCGCGCGUGGCUGCAGCGGCGCGGCUCCGCACGGGCGCUCGCGGCCUCCGAGGAGGGCAGCAGCUCCGGCGGGGAGAAGGAAGAGGCCUUCAGCGAAGAAGAGGAGGCGGGGCCGAGCAGCAGGGGCCGCUGGUCUUCUUGCCUGACUCCGGAGUACCGCCAGGCGCUGAUGCAGGCCGCGGCGAGGCCCAUAGAGCGGCUGACGACGGAGCGGGUGCACGAGCGGGCCAUUUUGUUCUUCAAGGAGUUGACUGACAUGCUGAAGCUGGGCCGGCGGGUGCUGCCGCUGCUGGACGACCGGAGCUCGCUGGGCUGCUCCGUGCUGCUGCUGGCAGUGGCCAUUCAAGAGCUGGCCUUCGUGCGCUUCUUCGCAGACCCCUGGGUGGUGCAGCAGUGGGAGGCCGUGGCCGACGAAGUGCAGGACCAGGGCCGCGACUUGCUGGCGCCCUGGUACUUCCGCAAGCGCUUCUGCACGAUGUCUCGCCGCGGGCGCCGCGUGAUGCGUUUCCUGGGCAACGCGCGCGGCCGCAGGCCCUGGGGGCCCCUGCCGGGGCCCCCCGCGGCCACGGAGGCCCUCUUCACCGCAGUCACCAUGGGCAGGGCCACCGUGGCCCAGGCCGUGCGGGCCCUGAACUCGCUCUUGCCGUGGGUGCAGCGCGGCGUGCGCCGCAGCAGAGCCUUCAGCAGCCUCUGGAGGGCGGAGGAGGCGGCGGGCGGCCCCGCCGGCGACUGCAGAGUCCGCAGGUAUAUGAGCUGCGUGCCGCGGGCUCUGGGAAUGGCCCUGACGGGCUUUUUCACGGCCUUGAAGCGAACUCGCAUGGGCAACGCCGGCUCCAACGUCAACCUCGCGGCCUGGAUGCUCGCCUGCGAGCCCAAGUUCAAACACCGCAUCUUCCUGGACAACGCCAGCAUGGCCAAGAGGCUGCAGGACUUGUCUUUGCUUUCGCAGCUCCGCAGGCUCUUGGGCGUCGCGGACAGGCGCAUGCAGGAAGUCCUCAGCGAGCAGGCCAACUGCCUCAAGUACGAGGCCAAGUUGCGGGUGCCCCGCAGUGCGCUGCCGCUCCCCAUGGCCCACCACACUGCAGCAGCAGACGCAGCAGGCACUGUCCCGCGUGCUGCUGCUCGUGCUGCUGCUUUUGCUGCUGCUCGCGCUGCUGCUCGCGCCACGGCCCGCGCUGCCGCUGCGGAGGCGGAGGCCGCCGAAACUGCGACGGAGAGCGACGACGCUGCGGCCAGCGACUCGGGCGCUGCAGCUGCUGCCCCCGCGGCCCCUGCUGCUGCCCCUGCUGCUGCCCCUGCUGCUGCCCCGGCUUCUGCCCCUGCUGCUGCCCCUGCUGCUGCCGCUGCUGCCCCUGCUUCUGCCCCUGCUGCUGCCCCUGCUUCUGCCCCUGCUGCUGCGCGUGCUGCCCCUGCUGCUGCGCGUGCUGCCCCUGCUGCUGCCUCUGCUGCUGCCAGUUCUUCCCCGGGCCGCCGCCCUACUCCUGUUCCUGGCCCCGGCUUCUGGCGCCGCACACGCACAGUGCCCGAGAGGUACCGCAGAGCCGCUAGGGCUGCAGCUGAGGCUGCAGCAAGAGCUGCAGCAGAGGCUUGUAGGAGUGCUGCAGCAAAGGAAGCAAGCAGUGUGGAGCCCAGCUCUGCUGCUGCUGAGGCGGGUUCUGGGGCUGUCGCUGCUCCAGAUUCCCGGCCGCGUGUGAUUUUGACCAGGCCUCCACCUGAGGCCCGAGCAGAAGCUGCUGCAGGGGCCCCCGCGGAGGCCCCUUCAGCAGCUGCCGCAGAAGCUGCUGCUCAUACAGAUGGUGGUGCGGCUGCUGCGCAAAGCAGCCUUGAAGCUGCGGGGGAUAGCGCUGCAGCGUUGCCAGACCCUGCUGAAGUUGCUGCUGCUGUUUUUGCUGCCGCACCUGCUGCUUUUGCUGUCGCACCUCCUGUUUUUACUACCGCACCAAGUACCAGUGCGUUUGCCCCUACUUACCUGCAGACUCUGCAUGCCCCUCCCCCCACCUUAGCCCCUCCCCCCGGCGUUAUCCUGGCUCCUGUUAUUCCUUUCCCCCCCGUAAUCCCAUUUGUUCAUGGUCCUGCGGUCGUUCCACCUGCAGCUGGCGUUUACCAUAUCACGACGGUAACCCAGCCUGUUGAGGAUCCUUCCAGCACGGUAGAGGCACAUCCAGAUGAUCGUCCCGAAGCUUCGAAACCACCGCAGCAUGGUUCCUCUGGCGGUGAUGAUACAUCUGAUAAUGCUUCCGUCUUGUCAGAGCCACCUGGACCCUCGGAACCCCGUCCUUGCUCAGCGCCGCCUGCUCCAGAUUCCUCUUCUGCUCCAGAGCCUCAUGUUCCUCCUGCUUCUUCCUCCCCAGAGCCUCUCGUUCGUCAAGCCUCUUCCUCCUCAGAGUCUCUUGCUACUGAUGCUUCUGCCGCCUCGCCUCAGCGUUCUGCACGCUGUUCCGUCGGAUCAGAGUCGCCUGCUACAGAUCUUUCUACCGCUUUAGAGCAGAUUGAUUCAGAUCCCCCUUCUGUUUCAGACGGCCCUGAUGAUGGCUCUGCUGCCUCAGACCCACCUGCUGAAGGGCCUUCUUCCUCCUCAGCCGUUUCGAGUGAUUAUCGUUCAGCUGUCUCAAGCCCCAUUCCUGAUUAUCCCGCAGCUGCCUCGGCCCCGCCCGUUGACCAUCCCGCUGCCCCCUCAUCUCCAGUUGUUCAGUAUCCUACCUCUGCCUCCGCCCCUCCCGGUGAUGCCCAUUCCACCUUGCCAGACACCCAUACUGGCGCUUCCUCCUCUGAAGGCUCUGCAGUUGACAGUUCUUCUGCAGCAUCAAGUCUUUCUGUUGGUGGUGCUCUCCCCUGCCCAGAAGCUCCAUCUGUUACGUCUUCUGCUGCUUCUGCCGCUUCUACCCCUCCUGUUGAUGCGCAUGCUUCCUCCGGACCCCAGCCUCUUGAUCCUAACGCUGCCGAACAAAAUCCUUUCUGUCCUCCUGGGGUUGGCUCAUGCCCUUCUAUAGGUCUCGUUGCCUUCCACCCACAGCUUCCUGGUGCUCCUCCGGCUUUCACAGGCCCUCCUUUUGGCACUUUUCCGCCUUACUUAGGACCGCCUGCUGGUCCUCCUACUGGCUACCCAGCCCGCGGGUUUCCUCGUCCUCGAGCCUUCACCCCUCGAGGCAGCCAACGUCCUUCCGCUGACAAUGGCGGCACAUUCCGGCAUCCUGUUCCUGGCCGUUUCCCCACCUACCCAGGCCCUCCUUUUGGUCCACCUCCUCCCGGUGCACCUCCUGUUGGUCCUGUUCCCACGCACCCAGAUCCUCCUUUCGGUCCCAAUGCCUUCGUCCAAAUGCCCAGUGAUCCUCAUGAGUUGUUCCCCGCUUUUGGUGGCCCUCAUCCCGGCUACCCAACCGCGCCUGUUGGUGCACAUCCGGCCUACCCACCCCCUCCUUUUGGUCCUCAUCCUGCUUUCCCACCCCCUCCUGUAGGCCCUCACCCCGCCUACCCACCCCCUCCGGCUGGUCCUUUUGUGUAUCCACCCCACCUCCUUGGUGUUUUCCUUGGCUACCCACCCCCUCCUGUUGGUCCAAAUCCCGCCUACCCACCCCCUUCUGCUGAUCCAAAUCCCGCCUACGCAGCCCCUCCUGCUGGUGAUCAAACGGGCCAGCUACCUGCGGAGGAUCCUGCUGCUGAGCACCCACCUCCCAGUGAUCCUGCUACCGAUAGCCCAUCCUCUCCUGCUGACCCCCCUAGUCAACACCAACCGUCUCCUGUUAAAUCUCCUACUGACUAUCUAGGUUCUCCAGCUGGCUCGGCUGCCGAUAACUCACUUCCUCCAAAUGUUCCUCCUGAGCACCUGCAGCCUCCUGUUGCUCCUGAUCCGGUUAACCCACCUCCUGCAGCUAGUGUUGAUUCCACGUACCCAGGGCCAGCUUUUGGCCCUCCUUCCGUUUACACACCCCGUCCAGCCGGUCCUUCUCCUGCCUUCCUACCCCCUGGUGUUGGCCCUAAUGCUGCGUAUCCACCCCCUCCCAUUGGUCCUUCUCCUCCCUAUCCACCCCCUCCCGUUGGUCCUUCACCCCCCUAUCCACCCCCUCCCGUUGGUCCUUCACCCCCAUACCCACCCCCUCCCAAUGGUCAUUUUCCUCCUUAUCCACCCCCUCCCAUUGGUCCUUCUCCUGCCUAUCCACCCGCUUUCGCUGGUCCUUCUGCCUAUCCACCCCCUCCUUUUGGUCCUCCUGACUACGGGCCCCGUCCCGCUGUACCUCCCACCUACCCACUCCCCCCUAUUGGCCCUCCUACGUACCCAUCCCUUCCCAUGGUCGCUGUUCCCGUCUUUCCACCCCCUCCUGUCGGUCCUCAUCCCGAAUACCCACCGCCUUCUGCCGAUUCUCUUCCCGUCUACCCCCCAGUUCCUGUUGGUCCUGUUCCCAUGUACCAGGGCCCUUUUGUUCCUCCUCAUCCCUCCUUGGAAGCAUCUUCUCCUAGUGUCGCAGCCGACUCUUCACACUCUUCGGUUGAAGUUGCUGAUUCUGCUGACUCGGGAUCACACGGUGCUGCUACCUUGCCCCGUCGUUCUUGCCGUCGUCGUGCCCGUCGUCGCGUUCAUCGUUCUAUAUCUGUCUCGGCAGUCCCUUCAGACUUUUCCGCAAAUUUUUGGGGAGCGCAAGGCGCACCAGCAGUUUUAGCGGAAGCUGCACUGGAAGCUGAAGCAGAAAGUGGAGCAGAAGCUGAAGCGGAAGCUGCUGCGGAAUCCGGAGCAAAAGCUGUAGCGGAAGAUGCGGCUGAAGCUGCAGCAGAAGCUGAAGCUGCAGCGGAAGCUGAAGCUGCAGCGGAAACUGAAGCUGCAGCGGAAGCUGCAGCGGAAGCCAGAGCAGAAAUUGAAACGGAAUCUGCAGUGUAA